ACGCGGUGAGUGACGCAACUUCCGGCCUGCGAACCUGCUUGCUGUUUGUUUAGCUCCUCUCUGUUUUAGCUAUUUGUUUACGUUUUCUACUACUUAUUAACUUUUAACCGUCUUAUAACCCUCCUAAACUUAUAAAAUCCCUCAGGUAGCCAUUAUUUUUGUGUUAUUUAUCGAUUUUUGCCGUUUUUUUGUGUGUUUUGUGCUUACUUCGAGGUAAUGGCGUGUGCGGAGGAUCGUGCUCUCCUGACACUCAGCGAGGAGCUCGUCCGUCUGGAUCAGCAGAUCCACCACCUGCUCGAGAGGCAGUCGGAGCUCCACAGGCAGAGGACGAGGCUGGAGGAAUCCCGCGACGCCACCUUCGCGGCCGUCUCCAACCCGGUGCUGCCGGCGCGGCGGACCCCGGCGGUCGUUUGCUUCACCCCCACUCCGGGAGGGGCCUGGGAGCGGCAGCGCGGCCGAGGAAAGCGGGUUUCCCCCCUACCUUCUCAGCCGGAUUUUGCCUCCGCAAACCGGUUUGAGGUCCUCAGCUCGUCGCCGUCGCCUCCUUCACCUCCCCCAGCCCCGAGGAAAACAGAUAAGGGCACUCGGGUCCUGGACGUCGCCCGGCGGCUUCCUACGGUGCUUCGGCAUCGCGGGGACCCCGGCACCGUCAUCCUGCAUGUGGGUACCAACGACACGUCCGCCCGGCGCAGUGAGGUCCUGAAGGAGCACUUUCGCACUCUUCUGGACACCGCUCGCAGACUGACCCGCGCCCGCCUCCUCAUCUCUGGUCCGAUGCCCACCUACCGCCGCGGGAGCCAGCCGUUCAGCCGCCUCUACGCUCUCCACUGCUGGCUGCGGGACUGGUGCUCUGCUAGUGGAGUUGGCUACGUGGACAACUGGGAGAGUUUUCGGGAACGUCCAGCCCUCUUCCACCGAGACGGGCUUCACCCCAGCCGCCUGGGAUCCACCGUCCUCUCUGGUAACAUUGAAGCGGUGCUACGCCGGGACUGACUGGCUC